AUGAGAUUGGCUGCUGUGGUUGUGAUCGCUUCUGCGGACUUCAUGGAUGGUACCUGUGUGUCUGGUGUUGAUCCAAUGGGCUUGGAGCAGUCUUGUUUAGGUCGUUGCCACAUUUACUACGAAGGGGACUACGGUGCUUGCAACCACAAAGUGGAGACUUGGGAGAUGGAUGGUCCUUGCGGUGAUUCUGUUGAGCGUCCUUGCCUCUCGACGUUUAAUGCGGGUUGGGAGGUGAAUAAAGAGAACUGUGGCAACUGUUACAAGGUGGACAUGAAGUACGAUGAUGGCACAGUGAAGAGUACCUACAUUCGGACGUUGGAUACAAAUGGUUCCGAAACCAAGUUCGAGAUGGGACAGACUGCGUGGUUGAACUUGUGUCCUUACGUGUGUGCCGGAACCGGCGUGUGUGCUUAUAAGCCCGAGCAGUGUCAGUACGGAAUCAUCGCAGGCGACAAGACGAUCAGCUGCGCGGUUCAGAACGCUCCCAUAACAUUCAAGAGGGUAGAUUGCAAUGGAGGCACAGCUACUACGACUAAAGCCACGGCCACCACGAGAACUACGACUGCUCGCAAAACGAAGGCAACAACCACACCCAAGACCAAGGCCGCGACUACUGGUAAGACCAAGGCCACGACUACUGGUAAGACCAAGGCCACAACUACUGGUAAGACCAAGGCCACAACUACGCCGAAUACUACCACCAACAAGGCAACUACAGCUGCAGGCAAUGGAUCCGUGGUGUCGCAGUGCGUGCAGCAGAUAACUGCGACCCAGGACUGCUGGACGAGUAUUUGCCAGGGAUUUUGCGAUAUGUACGGCCCUGGUGGCAGUCUAAGUCGUUGGUGCGGGGGAGACGUGUCCACGGUGGAGGAGCUAUUGAAAUGUAUCAAUAGCCAACAGUCCUUCUGCGUGUGA